UUCGCAGCGCAAGGUGUAAGCAUGGGCUUGUCGGAACUAGAGACGAUACCCGAAACGGGUGCAGUAUUUACAAUAGGUCGCAGCCGAUUCGCAGAUAACGUUGCAUCACAUUUCUUCAUACGAAAAGAUCCAGUAGUUUCCAUCACAUGCGGCGAUGAACACUCUGCCGUCAUUUGUCAAACUGGCAGGCUUUUUGUUUUCGGAAGCAACGACUGGGGUCAGCUCGGACUUGGUCAUAAGAAUCACAUUAGCAAACCAUCAUGCGUGAAAAUUUUAAAGCCAGAAAAAGUUACACACGUGGCCUGCGGGAGGGCACACACGCUGAUUUGUACAGGCGCGCAGAAGAUUUUCGCCUGUGGCAGUGAUCAGGAAGGACAACUAGGUCGAGGCACCUCUGCGAUAGGAGACUCGGCGAGUUCUCCGGUGUUAGUGUACGACACAGGAUUGGCUGGACCGGAGAUAGUUCAGAUUGCAGCCGGUUCUCACCAUUCUCUCGCCCUCACAAGCGAUGGCGGCGUUUUCGCGUGGGGUAGCAAUCUCGAAGGGCAACUGGGACUACCCGAUGUUUCCGGAUUGGUGAACAAACCAACGAAAGUGCAGAUACCCGAGCCAGUAAAGCAGAUCAGCGCAGGAUACUACCAUUCUUCGUUUCUGACAGAAAGCGGUCUCGUUUACGUUUGCGGCGAGUCGGAAAGCGGAAAAUUAGGCGUAGAAGCAAAAUUCUCAACGCAGAUUGUACCGAAACAGAUGCAGUUACCUAGUCCUGCCGUGCACGUCGCGUGCGGAGGACAUCAUACUAUCAUCUUAGCUGAUAAUGGAAAUUUAUAUUGUACCGGAAGUAAUUCCUGUGGUCAAUUGGGACUUGGGACCAAUACCACAGAACUUUACACAGCGAAACUUCUUCCACGUGGUGCGCUACAAAACGAAACUGUUGCUCAGAUCGGAUGCGGAGAAAGUCACACCGCUAUUGUCACUGAAUCUGGAAAGCUGUUCACAUGUGGCGACGGGAGACACGGAAAGUUAGGUCUGGAGGAAAACGAGAAUAACGUUCACGAAUUAACAUUCGCACCAAAAUACAAGGAACUCUUUGUCACAAAAGUUGCAUGCGGUGGUUGCCACACAAUUUUGGUUGGCCGCAGAAGGGGACCCAUUAACCAGUCUCACGCGGAAAAUGAAACGGAAUUCAUGCAGAAAAGAACAACUUUGCCUCCAUUGAAAGUCCCAAUAAACAGGCCAUACACCGACGUUCACGAAGAGAAGACACAGAAUGAGAACGCAAACGAGACGCCGAACAACGAAACAAAUAUGACAGAAGAACCAGCGCAUCCGGCAACAACGGAAUCAAUGGCUGAAAGUGUUCAAACAGAAGUGGAGAAUAAUCAAGACACCGCUACGAACUGUGAUACUGAUUCGAUGAACAACAUCAAGAAAACCGAGAGCCCCGUUAAAUCCACAGAAGCUUCCCCGAAGCGAGCGAAAUCGGAAACUGGAUCGGCCAAAGCGUCGCCGAAAGCUAUAAUGAAGGAAGCACAGGAAAUUCCCAUUUCGGAAGAAUCUAAGCCGGAGAACGAUAACAAAGAAUCCGAAAGUAAUAAUAAUACCACGGAAACGCAAAUGAAUAACGAAAACAAUGCGCAAGAGGCGAAACAGUCUGAAAAUAUGAACAGUGAACAGAUGGACGAGGAGAAUAACAAUGUAACGAACGAGACGAUAGAAGAAAAUCAUUCCGAAGAUACGAGACAAGCGAGCGAAGAGAACGACGCGGCUGAAAAUAAAGAGAACGAGAACGAAGAUCGUAAAUCGGAGCCAAACACAGACAUGGAUUCGGAGGAUAAAGUUAAGCAAGAGAAGAGCCCGGAGAAGAUGACUUCCGGUUCUACGCCACCGCCGAAACCGCCGAGGUUAAAGUCUGGAAGUAGCAAUGACUCAACGGAGAGAACAUCGUCGAUGGGGAAAGAGGAGGAGCCCAAUGAUGUAAAUGGAAUAAUGGAGAAAAAUCUAAAUAAAGAAAUGGAAACGGCCGAUGAAUCUGUACAGAAACGCGAAGCACGGUCGACGAAGUCUUCGACGAAAAGCGAGGGGACCAGGUCGCCGAGGUCGAGACUGAAUACCGAGGAGACGAUAGAAAUCGACAAGCAGAAUGACAAAGAUAAAAUUAUCGAAGAGGAGAAACUUAAUGAUAAUGCACAGGAUGACGCGGACGUUGUGCAGUCUCCGGCACCCAGAACUGGUAAAAUGGCCAAGAUAUUUAAGGUUAAAAGACAGCAAGCAAUAGAGAAUGGUACUAAGAUAGCCAGUAAUGCAAGUCAUAAGUCUAAGUCUAAGACAUGUAACCUCCUGUGAUCGAGAAUUCUCCGAAGAUGCAUCUUCAUCACAUUUUUUACGAUACGUGCAUGAUGGACGUUCAAUCGGGACCAAUGUAUUGAAAAGAAAUUACACUUGCAUAUUCACGAAAACAACUUUUCUUUUCAUUAUUCAUGGAGUUGCAGUGCUCGUAUGUCACUGUAUCGAGCUUACAACUUUAUUCAUUUUUCUCUCUCUCUCUUUUUUACAAGUUAAUUCGCUCUCCAAUAAUGUACACGUGAUAACAAAUUGUUCCGAUUUAUUGUGUCUAUUAAGGGAAGUUUGUUAGGUAUUGAAUUAAUUCAAGAAUAUAACAAUAAUUUGACGUUACAAGACUUGCCUUUCUAAGAGAUGAAGUUAAUGUGAAAAUACAACGUCGUUCAGAAAAAUGGCAUCGAAUUUCAUGACAAGGAGUUUUGAAAAUAAUUAUAAAUAAUUUUUUCUUUAUCACGUGCCGACUUUUUGCAUUUCUAAUAUCUGAUUAAACUUCCUUGUAAGCGGUCUGUGAGAAAGUGUUUGUAAAUACAGCUUACAGUAUAUCAAAGGAAAAGUGGUUCGACGCAAACGACUGAAUUCGAUGCAUAAAUAAACGAAACGAAGCUUAACUCUGACAUGUUUAAACUUGAUAUUAACUCUAAUGGAUAUACUAUUUUAAGCGGCUUUCACAUAACGCGUGUUUCGUUUACGAACAUUCUUUUGUAUAAUGGGCAUGUACAAAUAAAAGUAGACACAAAGGAACCUAAUAUACUCAUUGUUUUCAUAAUAUCCAUAAAGCAUAUACAGCGUAAUGAUUAUUUGAAAAAAUUAAGCUUGUCCGAGAAGUCCGAAAUCUUUAAAGAAAGAAUUAAUUACGAAAGUCACUUAAAUUCAUCAUAGCAUAUUUUU